CUUAUUAAAUAGAGUUUGCUUAAUGAUGAUCUGGAUUUGCAUUCAGCGCGACGUUGACCCAUUUUGAGCUAAAUAUUUCAAAUCUCGGCUAAAUGACUCUCGUCGGAGGAGACGGCAGCAGCUACAGCGAUCGGUAUCGAUUCCUGGAUCAGCAGAAGUUGAAUGAACGCACUCAGCGCACUGCCGUCUCUCGAGAGAGGGCCAAACUUCUCUCCCAGGCCACGAACAAGCGAAGAAGGGCAAUUGAAGAGAAGCGCUCGAAGGAGGAGAGGCAAGAAGAGGAAAGGAGAGAGGCCAUUCUAGCCCAGAGGAGAGAGUGGCAGAACCAAGCCACCAUCCGGUUCCAAAGAGCCCAUUUGCCCCCCGAGAAACGAAACUUCAAAUUCAACAGAGUGCGUCCUCGAACUCCCCCUCGCAGCAUAUCUGUGGAGGAUGCCCUGCGCACCAUCCAGACCCAGAAGUUCGAGCGUUCCAGCUCUUUUCACCGCCAACAUUCCAAGAGUCCAGACGGGUUCCAAGGAGGUUCUUUCUUCGGAAGCAAAGACGAAAACAAUAACGCAUCAAACUCACCAUACGCUCAGCCUCAAUACAUUCCUGGUUUCCAUCAUCACUUCUCCAGGUCAAACUCCGGAUUCGCAUUCCGAAGCGCACACAACUCCUCUUUCACCCACGAAAAGCAAAACGACGAGGACGAAACUUCCGAAAGAGUUGCUAGAAAUAACAGUGAGAGGGCGAACCAAAGUGGAACCUAUCCGAACAGCACUGGGGUUGUGAGGAGUCAUUCGGCUGGUCAGGCGACUUCGCUGGCGAGAGAUAAACUGAGAAUUGUAACUGAGACAUAUAACAUACAACCUUACCAACAGAGUCAGAAAAAGAAUCGACCAGACAGUGCUUCGCCGAGUUCGACCACCACCACCAUCAUACAAUUGGACACCCCGUCUAAGACCCAGUCUGCGUCCUCAUUACAUCACAAACUCAUCCAGCAGCAACAGCCAAAAACACCAAACGGCCACUUGGAAACGGAGCAACGGGAGAAAAUUGGUCGAGAAACAUACCAAAUGAACAGCAUUGGCCCAAAAGGCAAACCACCCGUGGCGCCCACUCGAAGUCAUUUUGGCGGGGGAGACUCAGCAGCGACUGCCAGUUCCCAUGCAAAUACUCACGCUAGCAAAAACGCCUUCGAGAAACAGAUUGAAAUUCAGCAGAAGAAGUUAGUCGAAAUGCAGCAGAAAACAGUCGAGGAUUUUCAGCGUGCUCUGAAUCAAACGGCUGCUUUGGUGCCAGAUCAUGUUAAAACUACACAUACAUCUGAAAACGAACCAGAGAAGAUAUCUAAAGAUUCUCUAGAUGGUGAUUCGGAUAGCAGCGACAAUGAGCUGGAAAAACAACAUCAAAAGAAUAAAAAAUCUGCAUCGCGGCCAAUGAAUCCGGAACCCCUUGAUGAUGCUACCAGACCUGAAGGUGCUUCAGUAACUGAAAAGGGUCCGAGUCACAAGUCUCCGACUCCUAAUAGUGGGCUCAAAUUCAGAACUCCACAAAGCACUGAAACGAUUUCAGCUGAACAGGCUAAAUCUAUAAUAAGUCCACAGAUACCAAAUACUUCAGAUUCUAAUGAGAAGAACUCAACAAGCGAGUGGAAAAAUGAAGCUGACAAAGAAGGAAACGGCUCGAGUAAAUCUGUUGUUAUACAGAGACCAACAACUGCACAAAUUAAGCGCAAACCGCUUCCUGUCAAUUCAGCGAAUACUGUUGCGAAAGCUAUUGAGACGAAAACUAAUUGGGACGAAGAUGAUCAAAUUGGGUUCAAUAGUCCAAGUCCUCAAAAUGCUGGGCAGAAUUUCACCUCAGUUAAUGGCGAUCAUUUGAAUGGAGGAUCCAGGAGUCUCAAACAGGAACCUGGUCCGACAACCAGUUCCUCUGGGUCUUCUAUUGCUGCGGCCAAAACGCCAUUGCAGUACAUAGCCUACACUCCGAUUAGAAAAUGGGAUUCCCCCGGAUCCACUAGUCCCAAACCGGUGGCUCAAGUAGCUCCUGUUCCAAGCACGCCACCUGAGAAAAGCGCCCCGAAAGAUACUGCUGACCGAACCAAAUAUAUGCAGAAUGAAUUAAGCGUGAAAACAGAGGUCGUUCAGCCAAAUAACUCAGAUGUUCAGAAUGGUGUAAGUCAGAACCUGAACAGCAAAGAUUUGAAACAUUCGGCUAAAAUGUACAUGAACGGUUUGCAGCAGUCUUUUGGUCCUCAAACUGUACCUACGGUAGCUCAUGUAAUAGACCCACAAUGGUCGAUUUACAACAACAGUCAAAAGUCAGUUAGUUCGACUGAAAGUUCGUCAGCUAGUAAUGUAGACAAGGUUUACGAUGCGAAGCCGAAGCAAGAUUUGAGCUCCCAUCUAAUGAAUGGUGGCGGUAAUUUUAGUUCCGAAUCAAUAGCUACUCAAGAAUCUAGUGUCAAUUUGAACUUUCAGCACGAAGAUCAAGAUUUCAAUAAUCAGCAGCCUCAGAAAUCCUUAAUACCUGUACCAAUUAGCAGAGAAAAAGACAUGGGUUCUAGAAACGAAAACGAUGAAAGUUCUAGGGACCAAAUCGCAAGGAAACCGGAGAAGCUCCAUCAAACUGAAACUUCGAAGAGUUCGAGUACUGCGAAACAGACGCAAAAGAGUUCCGUUGUACGUCAAGAUUCAGACGGUUCCACCGGAAGUCAUAGAAGCAGGCCUGAAAUUCGAAGUUCGUCUCCCUUUGACCGACUGCUCGACGGGUCGAAUGCCGACGAAAUCGAAGAGUUAGACGCGAUGGAUGAAUUUCUACCUCAGCCUAAGAGCAUCUUGAAAAGAUCACUCAGUCUUGAAAACUGCCAGAUAAAAGUUAAGGAUAGUCUAGAUAUCCAAAGUACUAAACGUCUUGCCAAAACUCCAACUCCAACGGUCGAGAAACCGGGUUCUGCUAAGCGGUCAGUUCGCUUUGCCGAGACUGUUCAAGUUCAGUGUAAAGACGAAAUAGACGAGCAGAUGCCGCGAUCGCACGCACGUGCAAUGUCAGCAAGAGCUGGCGUGCGAAUAGCCGAAUCACCUGAUCGCUCUCGCAGGGCUACACCCAAAAGUGCUCCUCUGAAACCACCCGCGUCUCAGAAUGUUCCGAGCGAAAUUGAAAACAUAAGAAACUCGCAAAUGCAACCGAAUAAACAGCAAAAUGGCAACGAUAGUGAUAACGAAUACAGUCUAAAUAAAACCCCAACGGAUGAAGAAAUUAAUGCAUUAUGGGAAAGCAUUCGUGAAAAUAUGUCAGCUAACAAACGUUCCCCGAUACCAACAUACGACGGUGCUUCAAAUCACAAACCACCGGUCUAUAUCAGUAAUAGCAACUCUGGUUAUUAUAACAAUUUCAUUAAACCGACCAACUCUCCGCCCGCAGUGGCGAGUCAAUACAUUGACGGAAGUUUUCUAUUUGAAGAGCAAAAUCGCCCAGGUCAGAUUGGGCAAAUUUCUCGGCCAACGAGCGCCGCUUCGAUUCCAAGAAAACAGCAUCUUUUGGGCCAAAGACAACAGCAGAAUACUGUAAGGCCAAUCAGCAGUGCAAAUGCCGGUGCUUCUAGUUCAAGAGGUGGAGGAUCGAUUCCCAGUCAGAACUCACCUAGCCCUACUGUUGGAAACCAUGCCCCGUUCCCUGGAGUUGUUCCUAAAUCCUCUUCUUCUGCGGCCACUUUCUCCUCUUCGUCUGCGUCACACAAAACACAACAGAACAAACAACAGCCUCCCGAUACAGUGACGAACAGUCUGGCGCAGUUCGUGGCGGCCGAGGACCUGUCCAACAUGUCUCUGAGUGAGGGCCAGAUUGAGGACAUCCUGCGCCAGCUGCAGUCCAGAAGAAACGUCACCCAGCUGUCUCUGGAGGAACAGAAGCUGAUGAUGUCACUCGAACACCUCAACAACAAACUCAAACUGACGGAGGCGAGACUGAAAGGUCCAUGAAAAGUGACGGCAAUUCUAGAAAGGAAAGGAACCCAAAAAACUGAGCAGCUAUCCAAAAAAGAAGCUACCCUUUCAAUGUUCAUAUCACAUUUUUCCCCAAAAAUGCAUCAAAUAUUGUAUUAAAUAAAUGCUAUUUAAGUAGGCCAAAAUCUCUUCGCUGUAUUUCAAUGUCAACUUUUGUAGUUCUAAUUGAUUAAAGUGCUCUAAAACUCACUUCUCGAUUUCCAGUAAAAGUUAAAGUGUGUGCAAACUGCUUCCAAUGUUUAGUACAUUCUAUUCUUCAAAUUAAUUAUUUUUCUAA